AUGAGCAAGACCCACCCGCCAGAGUUGAAGAAGUACAUGGACAAGGAGAUGGAUUUGAAGCUCAAUGGAAACCGACGCGUGUCGGGAAUACUCCGUGGUUUCGAUCCAUUCAUGAACAUGGUUGUCGAUGUGAGUUUAUUCUAACCUCAUUUGGUUUUGUUUUCGUCGAUUCUUUUAAUUUAUUUCAGUACUUUUUCAUUAAAAAGGUUUUCCCAACACAUGUGCAUAGUUGAAAUUGUGAAAGACGCAAAUUUCAGCAUCAAAAUUUACGAUGUUUUUCGUUUUUUUCUUUUCGCCGCGAAGGGAAAAGUUACUGGAGGCGUGUUACACAGAUUCGCUGAAGAUCGCCUUUUUUCUCUUUUAAUUUUUCUUUCACUUAGUUUAUUUGAUUUUCAGGAAGCCGUCGAGUACCCGAAGACUGGCGAGCCCGUCAGCCUCGGAAUGGUCGUCAUCCGCGGCAAUUCUGUGCUGAUCAUGGAGCCAAAAGAACGGAUUUGA